GGAGUUUCACUGCAGCCCGGCCAGCCCGCGCGGCACAGAGCCAUGGUUGCCCGCUCCUGGGGCUGUUGGCCUUUCUUGCCGGUGGUGAAAAUGCAACGUGUGGCAGCUUUGCCCAGAUGAAUGGCUCUCCAGGCUGCGUGCUAACUCCAGGAACUGAGGAGGAGUUUCUUCUCAAAGAAUAGGAAAAAAAAUGCUGUAUGCCCAGAUCCUUGCCUUGGCAUUGGCCAUGGCACAGCACAGAGCCGUGGCUGUUCAUGAAGUGUGCAGGACGGUGGAGGUGGCAGACAUCUUGUUCCUUGUGGGGCAGUCCCAGAGCUCCGGGACAGAAAGCUCUCUGUUGGUCAAAGAAUUCAUCUCCAGUGUGGCCCACUCUUUCGAGAAUGUGGUGAUGGGCAAAGGAGGCGUUCGGCUGGGGGUGGUUCUCUAUGAGGAGAAACCAAGGAUGAGUAUUGAGCUGAUGGAUUAUGUAACCAUUGAAGAAAUGCUGGUGGCAAUUCAGGAUCUGUCAUUCAAAGGGGGCAACUUAAAAACGGGAUCUGCCCUGGCAUUUGUGGCUUAUGCUGUAUUUCACCCUACCAUGCUGAGGGAGGAUGCAGCAAAGAUAGUUGUUUUGAUCACAGAUGGGAAAUCUGGUGAUUCAUUUGAAGAAGAAGCCCUCGUCCUGCAGAACGGUGGGGUGACAGUGUUUGCUGUAGGAAUUAAGGAUGCUGAUAAGAAUGAACUGAGCAAAAUAGCUUCUGAGCCUACUGAAGAGCAUGUGCUUUAUGUUGACAAUUUCCACCUGCUCCACAAUGUGGCUCCCAAACUCUCUCGAAGGCUCUGUUUCACUGCCUCAGAGCCACCACGGCCCAUCAAGCAGACUGUGCAAGCCCAGAUCAUCGGUCCCCAGGAUUUAUUUGUCAGUGAACAUAGCCACAGCUCACUGAGGCUAACGUGGAUGCCGGCUACAGGGAGAGUGACGGGGUACCGUGUCCACCUGCAACCUUUGCUGCCUACAGGGCAGCCAGUUGCAGAGGACCAGCAACAGAUUGUGGUGGAUGGUGACAAAGACACGGUGCUGGUGACCGAUCUCAAACCCAACACCAAGUAUGUCUUCACAGUGCAGGCUGUCUAUGCAGACAGUCUUGGGGAGCUGACAACUGUCAAGGGUAAAACAACACCUAUCCCUCCAGUCACUAAUUUCCGUGUGAUAGAAGAAGGACUUUUUAGCUUGAAGGUGGCUUGGACACCUCCCCUGGACAAGCUGGAAGGCUACAAGAUCUACAUCCCUAGAGUCAACAGACCAGGAAUGACCUACGAGCAGGUUCUGCAGGGUGACGCCACUUCCCACGUGCUGGAUAACUUGCAGGAGGAUAGAGAGUAUACCAUCAGCAUCUACGCGGUGUACCCUCAGGGGCCGAGCCAGCCCAUGUCUGCCGUGGGAAAAACAUUGAAACUCCUGCCUGUAAAAAGCAUUGUGCUGCAGAACCAGACUACUGACACACUCCAGGCCAGGUGGAGUCCAGUCCGAGGAGCAACUGGCUACAGGCUCACCUGGAUGUCAGCAGAGGGCAGCAUCCAGGACGUGAACCUCGGCAACACCUACAGUUACUACAUGAUCCAGGGGCUGCAGCCUGGCACAGAAUACACCGUCACCAUCAACCCCAUCUUUGGCGAUAUCGAAGGGCCAGUGGUGAAUAGAAAAGCAACUACUGUGGCAUCGAGCACUGUCCAGAUGCUGAAAGUGAGUGAGAUAUCCAUCAACAGCGCUCUGGUCUCCUGGGACUCUGUUGCUGGGGCCACAGGGUACAAAGUGGUCUGGGGUCCUACACCAGAAUUCUUUGGCAAAGACCGCCCUCGGCAGCUGGCCCUCAACAAGUCAAUCACAGCCUACCAGCUCCGAAACCUGUCUCAUGAUACUGAGUAUGUGAUUUCCCUCUAUGUGCUCUUUGGCUCAGUAGAAGGACCAGGGAUCACAACGUCAGCCCGGACGUCUCCUCUGGGCUACGUCUCCAAUUUCAAGGUGGCAUCCUACACCAGCACAAGCCUGUCUCUGUCAUGGAGUGCCACAGCAGCUGCCACCAAAUUUAAAGUCACAUGGAGCCCUGUGGGAGCAGGCAAAGAAAAGCAAGUUGCCAAGACUCAGUACCUGGGCAGCAGAGUAUUGGCAUAUCGGAUUGACCACUUGCUGCCUGACACCCUGUAUAAAGUCAGCAUUCGGGCUGUCUUCAGCAAGACUGAGGGGCCAGAGGUGACCCUGACUCACCACACAGCAUCUCUUGCAGACUCCAAACUUAUCCAGACUGUCCAAGAUCUGAGGAUUACCGAUAUUGGCAUAAAUAGUUUGAAGGUGUCUUGGAGGAGGCUUCCUGGUGUAACUCACUAUAAGAUAUCCUGGGUCCCAUUCAGUGGUGGCCUGGAAACCUCCCAGCUGGUUGCAGCAGAGACCCUCUCUUUCACAAUACCCAAGCUGAAGGAGAGCACCACCUACACCAUCUGCGUGUCUGCGAUGAUUGAGGGACGGGAGGGAAGCCCGACACUCCUCACAGCCAAAACCUUGGAUUUACCCAAAGUGACUGAGUUCACAGUGCAGGAGGCUGCAGAGACCAGCAUUUCACUGGCUUGGACGGCUGUUCCUGGAGCAUCAAUGUACUUAUUAACAUGGCGCUUGUCCUCAGCUUCUGAUCCUUCCCAGAAACUGUUAACAGCAGCUUCUAGAUCGUAUCGAGUGACAGGGCUGAACUCCAAAGAAACAUAUUUGUUUUCUAUAAGGCCAGUCUUUGGAGAGACUGAGGGACCAGAGACAACACUCACUGGACAUACAGCGGGACUUCACAGAGAUUCAUCUCUGCCAGUAUCUCCUGUUACUUCUCCAAAAGAGACUACUAUGAGGUCCUCCUCCACAGCUUAUAGCAAUGCAAGAACCACUUACCUUCCACCGGGCACCAACACAACAUUAAAACCAACCUCAGAAACCCUGAUAUCAACCACCAUAGUGUCUGCACCACGGACUACUCUGCCUGGGCCAAUCUGUGGCAAGUUCAAAGCAGAUAUUGCUUUCCUGGUGGACGAGUCCUCAAGUAUUGGCCAGAGCAAUUUCAAUAAAGUGAAAGACUUCCUUUUCCGGAUCAUAUCCUAUUUCCCUAAGAUUGGGCCUGAAGGGACACAGGUUGCUGUAGCACAGUACAGCGAGGAGCCCAGAGCAGCGUUCCACUUUCACCAGCACAAAGAUCGCAACAGCGUUCUCAGAGCCGUCAAGGAGCUACGCUAUGCUGGAGGCAACACAAAAACUGGUCGUGGUAUAGCCUACAUGCUCAAGGAGUUAUUUCAGUCCUCCAGAGGGAUGAGAGCAGCUUUCCCUCAUGUGCUGGUGCUUGUGACCGAUGGGCGAUCACAGGAUGAUGUGUUACCUCCAGCCAGAACAGCCCAUGCUUUAGGGAUCCGCAUCAUUGCUGUGGGUGUCUCCGGAGCUGACCCUGUUGAGCUGAACAGCAUCUUGCUGCAGCAAAACCUCCAGAAUGUUUUCUACAUCAGCACAUUUGAUGACUUUCCCCAUAUCCUCCAAGAGCUGAUAGAAAUCAUUUGUUCUGACCUGCAGCCGUCAGGGGCCCAGCCACUGCCUGGGGAGGUUGCCGAACACGAAGCAGAUAAGCAAUUGCCAUUUGAUGACACAGAGAGCAAGCUGGUCCCUGGUCCACCUUCAGCUGAACCAUACAUCCAAAGAGGAGAGGAGACUUGUGGUCCUUGGUGUUUAAAGAACUUAAGGGUCUCACCAGCUCGUGGAGGUUAUGACCCAUACAGCUUUACUACAAAGGGAGAGAAAGGAGAGAGGGGCUUACCUGGGAAGGAUGGUAUUCCUGGGCUGCCAGGCAGACCAGGGCGGACAGGUCCUCCUGGUCCCCCAGGACUCAAGGGUCUCCCUGGCGUCCAAGGUAAUAUGGGAUCUCCUGGCUAUCCAGGACCAGUGGGACCAAAAGGAGACAGAGGCGAACCAGGUUAUGUCCUGGGAGGAGUGGGGGUGAUUUCCGGUCAGAAUGGGCAACCUGGUCCUCCUGGACAGAAAGGGCAGCCAGGAGUUCCCGGAGUAGCAGGACCACCAGGUUUACCUGGGCCACAGGGACCACCAGGGAUGUCCAUCAAGGGUGAACCAGGGGAUUUGGGUAUCAGGGGUCCUCGUGGGAGGAAUGGCCUCAAGGGUGACAAAGGAGGUGUGGGAGAGCCGGGGAAACCCGGCUUGCCAGGCCCUGUAGGGCUGGAUGGUGUUCCUGGACUGCCUGGACCAAGGGGAGAAAAGGGGAUGGCAGGAACGGGCAUUCCUGGCACUGCUGGCUUGAAGGGAGAAGAAGGAGAACAGGGAGUAAUGGGUCCUCCAGGAGUACAGGGACCAAAGGGUAACAAAGGGCAAGUUGGUGUUAAAGGGGAAAAGGGACUCCCAGGACCUCCAGGGCAGAAGGGAGACCAAGGAAACCCAGGAUUUCCAGGUGCUCCAGCUAUGGGGGUUUUGGGACCUCCAGGCAAGAAAGGCAUCAGGGGAGAGAUUGGACCAACUGGGGCCCAGGGACCACAAGGAGACAAAGGAAUACAAGGAGACAAAGGAGAGAAGGGAUGUCCGGGUUUUGGCAUUCCUGGGCAGCCUGGGCUGAAAGGAGACCCAGGUGACAGGGGAAACGUAGGUUUGUCUGGCAAAUCUGGUCCAAAGGGAGAAAGAGGUCUGAAGGGAGAGAAGGGCGAACGAGGAUUACCUGGGCAACCAGGCGAGACUGGACUAAGAGGUAAAGAUGGAGAACCGGGGCAGAAAGGCACCUCUGGGACCAAGGGAGAAGCUGGCAUCCGUGGAGAGCCAGGAAAGAGGGGAAUCAGGGGACCACUAGGACUCCCAGGACGACCUGGAGAGCAGGGGAUAAAAGGAGAUACAGGACAACCUGGAAAGGAUGGAAUCACUGGAGAGAAGGGAGACAAGGGUGAAUCUGGUAAGCCUGGGCUGCCUGGGACUCCUGGAAGCAUUGUGUCCUCUCUGGAGAACACUAUCAUCCUGAAAGGUGACAAGGGAGAUCCUGGGAAGGAUGGCUUGAAAGGUGAAAGAGGUCCUCCAGGCCCAAAGGGAGAUCCUGGUCCACCAGGCAAAGGAGUGGAAAUGAAGGAUCUGGAGAGGCUUUUCGAAGCAAAUGGUAUCAAGCUGGCGCUGCUGAAGGACCUCACCAAUGCGCUCCUGCAGAACGGGCUGGAAGGGCUGGUCCAGCAGCUGGGAAGCUCCAGGAAAAGCAAGACAUCCAAGAGGAAGCAGAAGCCUAAGCAAGCCCCUGACCAGAGCAGUCCAUCUGCUUGUGGCUUUGAACCAGGGUACCAGCCCCUGGGAAACCCUUCUGAGAAAGUGAGGGGGUCCUUCUUAGAGAAAAUGUCUAAGGAGAGAAGGAAAGAGAGAGACUCAAGUGGAAUAAACACUUCCAUCAGCAAUAGCUCAGCUGUGCCCCUACUACGCUCUGAAGAUGAUCUGCAAGGAAACCAGUCCAUGGAGCUUCCUGAGUCCUUGAAAGAGAAGCUGGAAGGACAGCCAGAGAAGAAGGAAACCAGCCAUGAAAAUGCAAAUUCCGGGGAUGAUGGUUUUGCAUUACCGACACGUGUUAGAGCCAGGAGAUCUGCAGAGCAUGAGAAGCACACGGUUCAUUCCCCUGGUGCGCCAGGAGGUCAAAACCCCCCAUCUGGAUACGCGACAUACCCAGGCCCUCAGCGCUCCAGGAGGAUUAAGGAAACAGACCCAGUGGACCUACCCUCACACAGCCAAAAGAGAGAGAUGGGAGCUCAAGGAACCCGUGGAGACAAAGGAGAAAAGGGGCAGCCUGGAGAGAUGGGAGAACCUGGAGAAAAGGGAACCAAAGGAGACAGAGGUGAAAAUGGGCAGAAGGGCGAACCAGGAAUUGGGUUCAGAGGCCCCAUUGGUCAGGCUGGGCCCCCUGGGUAUAAGGGUGAGCCAGGAGCACCAGGGCCUCCAGGAGCACAGGGCAUCCAAGGCAUUCGUGGUAACCCUGGGAUCCCUGGAUCACAGGGGGAGAGAGGGACACCAGGCCUGCCUGGACAGCCAGGACAGAAGGGGGAGCAUGGUAAGAGAGGACGAAAUGGAUUCACUGGGCCAGCUGGACCAGCGGGAUUCCCAGGAAAAGAGGGGAUUCCUGGGGCACCUGGCCCCAAAGGCAACAAGGGAGAAAUUGGCUUUGGAGCAGCUGGCCAAAGAGGUCCCCGUGGACUCCCUGGCCCUCGGGGUGACAAGGGCAUCGUGGGAGUCCAAGGCCCCAUUGGCAUGAUGGGUCUAAAAGGCCUCCCAGGUGUGAAAGGCGAAAGAGGUGAUCGGGGACUUCUGGGACCCAAGGGAGAAAGAGGUGAGCCCAGGACUAUUUUUGGACCCCAGGGUUAUAAAGGCAGUAAAGGAGAUCCUGGUGAGCAGGGCCUGCCAGGGUUUGACGGAGACAAAGGCGAGAAGGGAGAGGAUGGGCCUGUAGGAGAAAAGGGUGUCAAAGGUGAAGCUGGCUCCAAGGGUGUGAUGGGGCUUUUUGGAACAAGAGGACCAGUGGGACAGAAGGGGGAGCCGGGAGAACCAGGACUGCUAGGUGCUGCCGGCACAGCAGGCCUAGAUGGGAAGAAUGGAAACAAAGGAGCCAAAGGUGACAGAGGUCUUCAGGGACAAAAGGGGCAACCAGGAGAGAAAGGUGACCCUGGGAUAACUGGUGACAUCGGACGGAAAGGAUCUAAGGGCUUACGAGGGCUCCCAGGACGUGUUGGCGCUCCAGGAGCUGCAGGAACCAAGGGAGAAAUUGGUAGUCCCGGGAGACCAGGAAUCCCAGGGUCGGAUGGACCAUAUGGACCGAAGGGCAGACAGGGAGUAUCAGGUGAUGAUGGAGCCUCAGGAAUUCCUGGAGAGAAAGGAGAAAAGGGGGCCAAAGGAGUUCCUGGCUUGGGAGGCUUCAAAGGACAAAUGGGAUUGCCCGGGAAGAUUGGAAUUGCUGGACCAGAUGGACCUCAAGGGCCACAGGGCCAACCAGGGCCACAGGGUCCACGAGGUAGAAGAGGGAGACCUCAGCUCUGCCUCAGGGGCCCUCCAGGCGUCAGUGGACAAAAAGGAGAAAAGGGUGAAAAUGGUCCAGAUGGGCAGAAGGGAGAAAAGGGAGAGCCUGGUCUUUCUGAGGAAGAAGUGAAGGAGGUGGUCAGAAGCGAAAUGAGUGGCAGAUGCGGCCUAGGAGCAGCUAAAAUCAACAGGAAACUCCAAGUGUAUUUUCAGUCUCGGGAACGCACGAGGAGGGAUGGUGAAAGCUGGAAAGAACUGCUUAAAAAAGCUCAGAACAUGACAACAUCGGAAACGUCAGAGGAGUCCUUCAUGGAACCAGCCUCAUUUAUUACAGCAGCUUCCACUGAUAAGCAGAUAAUGGAUCCCUCUCAGCAGAAGCGCCACGAAGCCCACGGUCAAUUACCAGCCACCUGCCUCCAGCCGAUGGACGAGGGCUCCUGCCAGCGGUACGCGCUGCUCUGGUAUUACCACCCGGAGGCGGACGCCUGCCGGCCGUUUGUGUUCGGGGGAUGCCGAGGGAACGGCAACCGGUUUGAAACCAAAUGGAAGUGCGAGCAGCAGUGUAAAAUGGCAGCAGCCACCAGGGACUCAGGGCAGAGUCCGAAGCUGGCAGAGCAGCACUGAUCCAGACCAGCUAGUGAGCAGUCCGCAGCACUCCCUGCUUCCAAGGCAUGCCUCAUCCAGGGAGUCACUGGCAAAAAUUCAUUCUUGGAAGCACAUCCAGGCUCCUGUUCGCUGUGUCAGUCUGCACAGCUCGUCCUUCUCUCCAGAAGAAGCUCAGCCGCUCGCAACACGGGAAAUCGCAUCCUGCUACUGCUGGCCCUGGCAGUAAUGCAAACCUCACUGCUGCAGAGCAGUGUUAGCUGCCACUGAUGCAAACUUUCCUAGAAGGAUGUUCCUCUGUCAGUCUUUUCUCCACAUGGAGAAAACCCUCUUGGCUGUAAGAGAAAUGCAUUAGUUCUCCAGAAUAAAAUUUAAA